GCUUGGGAGAGAGGCGCGGUGAGGACCAACACACUCUCUUUGGAGAACUUCGAACCGUUCUUUUCUACAUUUAAUGAAAGCGACGAAUGUGUUGAUGAUUCGAUUAUUUGAACAAAUCGCGAGAACUUGUUCUGAAGGCAGAUGAUCUGCGGGUUGCACAAUGCUUUCCUACUCGGAUUGCCGGGCUUUAGUUUAUUUAUGCAACGCCACGAGAGGACGAAAUUGUCUAGCUAGUUAACUGGAUUGCGGAUUACGUUUAUGCUUAUCGUUUAUACAAGUUGAGGGGUCGUGUGAGGAUCAGAAGUGAUUUUAUACGAAGAACGAAGACAUUCGUAAGAGUUUUUGUCGACUGUUUGGGAGAAAGAGGCUUAGCCUUAGCUGGGUCUCUGGUUAGCUAGCACCCAAGCCGGGUGAAUAAAGGCUGAUCCGUGGGAAAAAAGUUGGUGUGACAAUGCUUGAGAUAAUGUCUGAGCACCAAGAUUCAUUACUGAAACGCAAAACUGAGCCCCUGCCACCAGAGCGACGGAAGAGAACAGUGGAGGACUUUAACAAGUUCUGCAGUUUUGUUUUAGCAUAUGCUGGAUACAUCCCAUCUCCAAAAGAGGAAAGACCAUGGUCUCCAGCCUCCUCCAGUUCACCGCACAGUUCUGGUACUUCAGGCGAGGGCGGCAUGGGAGUUGGUGCCAGUUCCAACAUGGCAGCAAGCUGGGGUGAUGGCUCGUCAGACCUUCACACUAUUCACACCUUCGUGCAGAAAGCUCGUGCCAACAAGAAUGUGAAAAGCAUGCAGCACAUGCCCUCUGACAGUAACCUGCUGGAGAAAAUGAGGCUAAAUGACUCUCUCUACAAGAGCCAAACGGCCAGCAAAGCUGAGCGCAAGAAGGACAAAAAGAAACGGCUUUCUGUUGGCUCAGGUGCAGGAGACAGCAGCAGCAGUGGCGGUGAGAAACGUGCCAGAAUCAAACGCAGCAAAAAUCCCAAACAGUCCAAAGCCCUUAAGAAGCUUAAGAGCUCGGCACCUAGUGAGACAGACUCUGAGACUGGCCUCGGCCAGGGAGAUGAGCUCACUGGUCAGCCAGCAGCACCUCUACGAGGCCUGCAGUCCCCAAGAACAGCCCUGGUAAAGCCUGAACGAGACGAGGCCAGCAGGGAUGCAGAAAUGAGCUCCAGUGAGGGGGAGACGUGGAUUGCAGAUGAGGACAUCAUGGUGGAGUCAGGUGAUGACUCAUGGGACUUAAUCACCUGUUACUGUGGGAAACCCUUCGCAGGACGCCCCAUGAUUGAGUGCAACCAGUGCAGCAUAUGGGUUCAUCUUUCGUGCGCUAAAAUCAAGAAGUCCAACGUCCCAGACAUAUUUUACUGUCACAAAUGCCGGGAAGCAAGACGAUCAAGUUAUAAAAACAGUUAGAGGAGUUCCUGUUCCACAGCUCAGGAAAAUCAUGUCAUUCACUUUUUCUACCCAGUUUGACAAGAACAGUUUCUCUAAGAGAAUGGUCCUCUGGUUAAUGGUUCUGGUUGGUUUCCCUUCUGCACAGCACAGUUAUUUACAUAUUUGACAAUCAAAGCUUGUUUAUAACACCAUGGUAAUUACUUCAUUUUUGUAGACAACCUAUUUACAAGCAUUUUUUCCUCAAAAUAGUCUGUAUGUUAAAUGUAUAUGUGUUUGGAAAGCUUAGUGUAAAAGACCCUUAGACCCUGUUUGCACUUUGUUGUUUUCUGCAUCUCGUCUAUUGCAUUACUGGUGAAGAUUUUUCAAUUAAAUCAACAAUAAUGACGAGGCAAUUCUCAGCAUGAGAAAAUUAAAACAUUUAUUUUAACCAACCGGAAAACAAACUAUAUAAAAAUAAAUAAAAAAACAGACGCAUCCAAUUACAUGAUGUGUUAGUGACGCACCUAAAAGUUACAUUUAUUGUUGAUUUCUGUUGCUAAAAAUGUCAGGUUGGCAGGUAACACAGGCUUUUGUUGCUAUUGUGUUUCAUGUGCUGUGGCUAUAUAAACUCCCAAAAACAUCGUAGUGUUAAUAAAUGUAAUUAUUGUAGUUUAGUUUAUUUGCAUUAACUGAAAAUGCAGUCUGAGUAAAACUAGCAAAAAAAGAAUCAGUUGAGUAAACCGUCACUAACUGUUUAUUGCCUUCAGGUUAAUGAUUACCUCAGUGCCACAAAAAGAGGUCUCCAUACUCCCCAAAUUACAGUUAAUAUUCGAUUUUCCAUAUUGUGGAUUGAAUACUUUAAAAGGACUCGUGAUUUGAGACAUAAACGGAUUUCUGAUACAGUUUUAGUGUCUCUUGGCUUUUACGCAGAGUUUAAAAAUUUUUACACUACCCUGUUAAAACUUCAUUCCUGAACCAGGCUACUAUAGUGUGCCUUCUUUGUGAGGAUGGGCAAUUAAAACAGCCUUUGUCUCUUGCCAUAGUUGCCUGUACAUCUGAUUUGAAUCACUAGCUGUGUGGAGUUACUAGAAAUCAUACUGAUUUGAUUAACUCCCAGUAAUCGAUUUGCUUGCUUAGCACCAUGGGCUUUAAUGGUACUUUUUUUGCCUAUGCAUACACUGAGACGAAAGCCUCCAGUGUUCCGUUAACAGGAAUUCCGAUGUGGCUUUUUUAUGCUCCCGAUUUUUCCUUCUGUAUUAAAAAUGUGGGUAUUUUUGCCACUCUAUGCAGGAUUAAAUUAUUUUUAUGUUUCAUUGAAUCUGGAUGUGGCUGCCUCUUCAAGAUUAAUUUGACAAAACUAUUAAUUUGAUUAAAAUUAGCACAGAAAAAUGCCAAUUGCUACCAGUUCUUCUGUGCACAAAUGUAUUUUGCAUAGACCUAAAAAUAAGGGGCAACAAUUGCCUUGGUAGGUAAAAGAUAAUUUGCGUACUAUGCACUUAAUAAAGAAACUGGAUGUUUAACUGGACGAUAAUUUAUCACCAUAAGACUGGUGUACAAGACACAAAAUGUGUAAACAGGGUCUUCAAUGCUAAGGUUUGUCUAUCCACAUGUUGGUCUGUGUACAGGUUUCAGUUGUUAAACACUCAUAAUUUCUAGUCUCAGUCAUAAUUUAGUUACACUUGUAGUUGUAAUUUAACUAAAUCAUCUUGAUUUAUGUGAUACAUGAUAUUAACUGGUAAUCUUCCAUUUUCUGGCGCUUUUUUUAUCUCAGUUUAUGAUCAUGAUAAUCUUGUCAUUAACUAGCACUUAGCUCCUAACUGCAGAUCACUGGGUGCUGACUCAGAACUUUAAAUGUUGAUUUGCUUUGUUAGGCGAACUCCAAACGAUUCUGCUUUGGUUAUGUGGCCUUCAUUUAGCCACACAAUGUUCAGACUGAAAUAUUUGCAUUGCCUGCACUGCAGUUCUCACAAAUGUAAGUAGUGGUGCAUUGUGAAUUAACUAUUUUUGGUUGUUUACUUUUAAAGGAAGGUUAAAGGUUUGUGAGGCUUUGAGUGAUGUUCAAAAGCUUUGCAACUGCCAUCUGGGUGUUAAUGCUUACUCAACCCUAUGUUCAUAGUUGUAAUUAAUUUGUUUGUUUUUCUUUUCUCAAAUAAGCUUAAAUGGGCUUGUAAUCCCAUUGUAAUUUAGCUGGUAAAGAUCAUACCAUGAAUAUUAGACAUGACAAGUUAUUUGAAAGUAGUUUGGAGAACAAAUCUCCUUUUUCUGUGUACAGAAAAGUUAAUGCUGCAGGUUUUGUGGCAUAUUUUGUUUCUAUUAUCUGAUUUCCUUUUGUUUGUUGGUGAGGUUGGGGGUUCUAACUCCCCAAACGUAGACCCACCUACCUCUCCUGUUUUACUCUGUAAAUAGUAUCUUUUGAGAACUGUACAUACAUAGAAGAAGAGAAAAGCCAAGCAAAUGUUAUAUUUUUGGCAUCUGUUUUCUUUAAAUGUACCUGAAGAAAUAAAAUCUUUUCUUUAUUGAGGAUCCUACCUAAAG